AGUGGCGGUGCGGCCGGCCGAAAAGGAGACGACCACCAACACCAACUGGGAGUGGAAGUGGAGGCCUGCUUGCUUUCGGUGGGGAGCCGGAGAGCGAGUCUCCCCCUUUCGGUGCCGCUGUCGGGGUUCUAAUUCGGCCCCGCUCUGCUCCGGCGGCGGGGUUUAAUUCGGCGACGGCAGCGGCCUGUGGUGGCGGGGGAAGAGCAAGGAGAUGGUGGCGGCGGCGCCGUGCGCCACGCGGAGGUCGUUCAGGGACUCGCUCAAGGUGCUGGAGGCGGACAUCCAGCACGCCAACACGCUGGCGUCCGAGUGCUCGCGGGACUACGACGGGGCGUGCGUGCAGAUGCGCAUGUCCUACAGCCCCGCCGCGCGCCUCUUCCUCUUCCUCCUGCAGUGGACCGACUGCAGCCUCGCCGGCGCCCUCGGCCUCCUCAGGAUCCUCAUCUACAAGGUCUAUGUGGACGGCACAACCACCAUGUCCACCCACGAAAGGAAGGCCAGCAUCAGGGAAUUCUACGCUGUGAUAUUCCCCUCCCUCAUGCAACUGGAGCACGGGAUAAGCGACUCCGACGACCGGAGGCAGAGGGCGGCGUGCUCAGAGCGAUACAGGAGGAGAGACGAGCCAGAGGACAGCAAGAGGCCGGUCUCCGAGAUCGACGCCGAGAUAGAGGAGGAGUGCGGGAUCUGCAUGGAGCUCAACAGCAGGGUCGUGCUGCCCAACUGCAGCCAUGACAUGUGCAUCAAGUGCUACCGUCAAUGGCGCUCGAGAUCUCAAUCAUGCCCCUUCUGCCGAGACAGCCUCAAGAGAGUAAACUCCGGCGAUCUAUGGAUGCUCACCGACCAGCGCGACGUCGUCGACAUGGCGACGGUGACGAGGGAGAACAUCAGGCGCCUCUUCACGUACAUCGAGAAGCUGCCUCUCGUCACGCUGGACAACAUCUUCGAUGCCUAUGAUUCCCAUAGGAUGUUCCUUGUCCUAGGAUGUGGCUGACCAUGGAUGGAGCAGCCUGACAGAGAGACCCUGUGUGAGCACCCUAGGGUCCUCAGGUUUUGUAAAUACAUGUACAGAUUUACAGUUUGCAUGGAAAUGUUCAGGGAAAGUCAGAAUAACAAUAUGUUAUGGAGUAGAGUAAUGCCUGUACAUAUUUGUAAUCUGGAUGGGAACAGACAUAUGGUGCAUGAACUACCUCCGUUCCGAAAUAUAGGAUGCUUUGGAUAUUUCAAA